CGGAACUUCAGCCAAAUUGCGAAAUGAAGUUGAAAAAUAUAUCAUCCACAAAAACGAUUACAAUGCCGAAAUCCAAAGCAAAAGCCGCAAGCCGUAAAGCUCCUGUGGAAGAAGAAGAUUCGGAAGAAGAAUAUGCCCCCACACAGGCAUCCCAGUCACAGUCGAUGACUCAGGCACAGAGGGCUAUCUCUGAGCGGGACAAGGAGGAGGUGAACCGCAGGAUCAAUGAUGUUGUCCACUAUCUAAUGAUCAUGGAUCAAAAGAAACUUCCAAUCAAAAAGCAAGAUAUCAACAAACUUGUUCUGAAAGACUUCAACAAAGGUUUUGAAUGGAUCAUGACAAAAGCAAAGGAAAGACUCAAAAAUAUCUUUGGUAUAGAAGUGGUCGAGACAGAUGCCAAACCAAAGAGCUACAUGCUGAUCAACACACUGGAUAUUGACUCUGAAAAUCCUCAUCUUACAUGGGGACCUGAAGACAACAGCAAGAUGGGAUUACUCAUGAUCAUUCUCAGUCUCAUCUUCAUGAAAGGAAACAUGAUGGCCGACACUGUUCUGUGGCAUUCUCUCAGCAAGAUGGGCAUUGAACCAGAACGCACCCAUGAAGUUUUUGGCGACACCAAGAAACUGAUUUGCCAAGAGUUUGUUCGUCAAGGUUACCUUGAGUACAUCCGCCAGCCUCAAAGUGAUCCUCCAGCGUAUGAUUUCACAUGGGGCUGCCGUGCCAGGGCUGAGACCACCAAGAAGAAGGUCCUCGACUUUGUGUGUCAGGUUUAUGGUGAAGAUGGGGUUAAACCUGACCAGUGGCGCUCCCAGUGGAGAGAAGUAGAAGAGGAGGAAGGUGAAACCGUGGAAUCUUAGGCCAAAUGGAGUCGCCAAACUUUAGAUCGGAACUUGCAUUUAUUUGAAGGGUACUUGUAUUCUGGGAAAAGAAAAGUAAACACACAUGCAUGAACUUCUCCUCCUCCAGUAUGAUUCAGCUCUGCACACAAUUUACUUUUCUCUUCAACAGAGCUAAGUAAGUGUCAACGUAGCUUACUUUGGAAAAUCAAACAUGGUCAUAUUUUGUAAAAUUUGUAUUUUGUAUACCAAAUUUCAUAUUGAUUAAAUC